AAUUCAUCCAACAAACUUGAAAAGUCUCAAAUCUUGAAGUAUAAGGAAAUAUAAAUGGCUUCUUUUUCUUCUUCUAAAUUAGUAGUACUACUUUUGAUAUGUGUUAUGGUUAGUGUUUUUGGUGUUGCUAUUGGAGGUAAAUUUAAUGAAGAAUUUGAAAUAACAUGGGGUGAUGGCAGAGCAAAAAUACUCAACAAUGGAGACCUUUUAACUCUAUCACUUGAUAAAAUAUCUGGCUCUGGUUUUCAAUCCAAGAAUGAAUAUCUUUUUGGUAAAAUAGACAUGCAGCUCAAACUUGUACCUGGUAACUCUGCUGGCACUGUCACUGCUUACUAUUUGUCAUCACAAGGAUCAACACAUGAUGAGAUAGAUUUUGAGUUCUUGGGGAAUCUAAGUGGUGAUCCUUAUACUCUGCAUACUAAUGUAUUUAGUCAAGGCAAAGGCAACAGAGAGCAGCAAUUUCAUCUCUGGUUUGACCCAACUGCUGAUUUUCACACCUAUUCCAUCACCUGGAAUCCACAACGCAUCAUAUUUUAUGUGGAUGGAACACCAAUUAGAGAAUACAAGAAUGCAGAAUCAGUUGGAGUGUCAUAUCCCAAAAACCAACCAAUGAGGAUAUACUCAAGUUUAUGGAAUGCAGAUGAUUGGGCUACAAGAGGAGGACUUGUGAAAACUGAUUGGAGUCAAGCACCAUUUAGUGCUUCUUACAGAAACUUCAAUGCAAAUGCUUGUAUUCCCAAGACUCCAUCAUCAUCUUCUUGCAGUUCCAAUUCUGCAACUUCAACAAGCAAUUCAUGGCUGAAUGAAGAGUUGGAUAACACAAGCCAAGAGAGGUUGAAAUGGGUGCAGAAGAAUUACAUGGUUUACAAUUAUUGCACUGAUACAAAGAGGUUUCCACAAGGAUUUCCAGCUGAUUGUGCUCAAAACAACUAAGCAUUGACAAGUUAAAAAAAAAUAUAUAUUAGGAACAUAGUAUUCUUUUAUUUAUGAUCUUAUAUAAGGUAUUGUAAUGAUUCUUUUAUUGGUUUGAAGAUCAGAAACAGCUUAGUUUUGUAAUAAAUUCUUAUAAACAUGAAAUUGAUAUAUUCUUUUAUAAGCGUAUCAUAAA